GAAAGCGUCCGGGUCGCGGGGUAAACCGGUUCUCCGUGUGCGAGCGCCUAGUGGCGUAGGCUGCGGCUUUGCGGGGAACUGCGGGGGCUGCAGUGGUCCACGGGGCUGAUCGGGUUCCGUUGGGCGGAUCCACGUGCCCGCUAUCCGCCUGGAAGGAGAGGUGCAGGAGUACCCCCGACCUUGGCUGCGUGCUGACUCGCUUCCUUCUGCCCGCCCAGGCUUGCACUCCCCGGGGAUCUGCCUCUGCAUCUCUUGCCUUCGCUGUUGUUUCCCUCUCUGUCCAGCUCCCCUCCCGCUCUCGCCCUGGAGAAUGGCUCAGAAGGAGAACGCCUACCCGUGGCCCUACGGCUCAAAGACGCAUAUUCUGGCCAGGUUACCGGGACAAGGACGCCCUCAGAGUCACCCUUUGCUCCUCAGUCUCAGUCUGGCCUGAACACGUUGUCCCAGAGAGUCCUACGGAAGGAGCCCGCCACGACAUCUGCGCUUGCUCUCGUGAACCGGUUCAACAGCCAGUCCACAGCUGCCCCUGGCCAGAAGUUGGCUGAGAACAAGAGUCAGGGCUCCACUGCCUCGCAAGGAUCCCAGAACAAGCAGCCUUUCACUAUUGACAACUUUGAGAUUGGGCGUCCUUUGGGCAAAGGCAAAUUUGGAAACGUGUACUUGGCUCGGGAGAAGAAGAGCCGUUUCAUCGUGGCACUCAAGAUCCUCUUCAAGUCUCAGAUUGAGAAGGAGGGGGUAGAGCACCAGCUUCGCCGAGAGAUCGAAAUCCAGGCGCACCUGAAGUAUGCUGUCACCCUGACCCUGGUCCCUCUGCUAACGGGAUCACCUCACUCGACUGUCUCUGUCUUACUCCGCCUAGACCACCUGCCCCACCCAGCUCCUAGAUGCAGCCUGAAGCUUCUUUUCUCCUUGCAUCCCCCAGACAUCCCAACAUCCUUCAACUCUACAACUACUUCUACGACCAGCAGAGGAUCUACUUAAUCCUGGAAUACGCCCCUCGCGGGGAACUCUACAAGGAACUGCAGAAGAGUCGGACCUUCGAUGAGCAGCGGACUGCCACGAUCAUGGAGGAACUGUCAGAUGCCCUGACCUACUGCCACAAGAAGAAGGUAAUUCACAGAGACAUAAAGCCGGAGAACCUGCUGUUAGGUCUGCAGGGAGAACUGAAGAUUGCAGACUUUGGCUGGUCGGUGCAUGCCCCAUCCCUGAGGAGGAAGACCAUGUGCGGCACGCUGGACUAUCUGCCCCCAGAGAUGAUUGAGGGGCGCAUGCAUAAUGAAAUGGUAGAUCUAUGGUGCAUCGGGGUGCUCUGCUAUGAACUGAUGGUGGGGAACCCACCCUUCGAGAGCCCUAGCCACAGUGAGACGUAUCGUCGGAUUGUCAAGGUGGACCUGAAGUUCCCCUCUUCUGUGCCUUCGGGCGCCCAGGACCUCAUCUCCAAGCUGCUCAAACAUAACCCCUGGCAACGGCUGCCCCUGGCGGAGGUUGCAGCUCACCCUUGGGUCCGGGCCAACUCAAGGAGGGUUCUGCCUCCCUCUGCCCUUUAGCCUGCUCCUUGGUUUUUUGUCCCUGUCAUUUUUCAGUGUUCUUUGUAUGUCUGUGUAUGUGUUCUGAGAAGGGGUGGGAACUGGAAACUAUUCCUAGCUCCAGUUCUAGGGGAUCUGAUCUCUCUUCUGACCUCUACAGGCAAAAUUAGGCACCCCUGUGGUGCACAUAUAUGCACACCAAACACAUGAAGUUACAAACAAACAACAAACACACAGAUAGUGCUGGAGAGAUGGCUCGGUAGUUAAAAGCACUGGCUGCUCUUCCCAGGAACCUAGAACUCAAUUCUAGCACUACAUGGUGCUCACGACCACUGUCUGUAACACCCAGUCCUGGGGAAUCUGGGGCCUUCGAGCCUCUGCAGACACUAGGCAUGGAUGUGGUAUACAUGUAUGCAGGCAAAACACCCAUGCACUGACUUUUAAGAAACCCUCUAGUCUGAUUCCUUUCAAUUUGUCAAAUGUUGAAUGUUAUUUUUAAAAUAUUAUAAGCCAUUUAAUACAAUUUUUCUUUGAAACAUGGUAUAGCCUAGUCUGUCUUAAAUUCAGAAAAAUUAUGAAGAACAACAUUUUAUAAUAAAGUCUUAAAUGUUUCAUGUUUUUGAA